UCUCGAUAACUUCAUCUAAUCAUACUAUCAUAGUCUCAAGACUCUCAACUCUCAUAACACCCUCUUCCAUAUUUUGAACUUAAAAGUAAAAUUUAAAAAAAUCUAGAAAUUAAUUUUAGCUUAAGAGUGAAAAAUAACAGGAUUUACACAUGUUUAAAGUUUAAUAUUAAAACCUCCAAAUUUUUCUCUCACAGAAAUCCCUCAAUCACUCCACUCCUCAAAAUUCCCCAAAAUGACGCAACAACUUCUUCCCUAAAACUCCAUUAAAAUCAAAAUUAGGGUUUGAAAUGCGACAAAUUCAAUGGCACCAAUUCCCAUUUUAUUGACAGAAAUCGCUUCAUCAUCACACUGUUGCUCCUUCAAUUCUCCUCUCUGUUCCCGUCGCCGGAGCUCCGGCACCUCCACCACCGUCGCCGGCGGUGGUUUUCUCUCUCUUCCAGAAGCUUCGCAUUGUUCUAGAAGAUUCUCGUCAUUUUCUUCCUUGAUUUGUUGUGCUGCUGUAAUUUAUCGUCGUCAUCAUCAUCACCAUAGAUCUGUUGAACGAAGAAGAUGGAGUGUAAAUGUGAAUGCUAGUGCUACGGCAUUUCGUGCUUUGGAUGCUCAUGUUAAUGGCCAUAAUACUUCCAAUCACGUCGGUGUUGAAAUCCCCGUUUCUUGUUACCAGAUUAUUGGUGUUCCUGAUAAGGCAGAGAAGGAUCAGAUUGUGAAGUCUGUGAUGGACCUGAAAAAUGCUGAGGUCGAAGAAGGGUAUACAAUGGAGGCUGUUGUAUCCCGUCAGGAUUUGUUGAUGGAUGUUAGAGAUAAACUCCUUUUUGAACCGGAGUAUGCUGGUGAUAUUAAAGAGAAUAUUCCACCAAAAUCUACUCUGCGCAUUCCGUGGGCUUGGUUACCUGGUGCUCUUUGCCUUCUUCAAGAGGUUGGAGAAGAGAAGCUAGUUUUAGACAUUGGGCGAGCAGCUCUCCUGUACCCUGAUGCCAAGCCACAUGCUCAUGAUGUACUUCUUUCUAUGGCUCUUGCAGAGUGUGCAAUUGCCAAGAUCCAUUUGGAGAAGAAUAAAGUGUCGCAAGGAUUUGAAGCUCUUGCUCGUGCCCAAUGUCUUUUGAGGAGUAAGACAUCCUUGGGAAAAAUGAAGCUUCUUUUGGAGAUAGAAGAGUCUUUAGAAGGGCUUGCACCUGCUUGCACAUUGGAAUUGUUGGCAAUGCCUCAGACUACAGACAAUGCUGAACGCAGGCGUGGAGCAAUGGCAGCUUUGCGGGAAUUGCUAAGGCAAGGUCUUGAUGUAGAAGCUUCAUGCCGGGUCAGUGAUUGGCCCUGCUUCUUGAGUAAUGCACUUGGUAAACUCACGGCUUCAGAAGUUGUUGAUCUGAUCCCCUGGGACAAUUUAGCAUUGACUCGUAAGAACAAGAAAUCUCUUGGUUCUCAAAAUCAGAGGGUUGUGAUUGAUUUUGACUGUUUCUACACUGCACUGAUGGCUCAUAUUGCUUUUGGGUUCUCUAGCAGACAAAGAGACUGGAUUAGCAAAGCAAGAUCAAUAUGCGAGUGUCUGAUGGCAUCCGAUGGUGUUGACCUGAAACUUGAAGAAGCUUUUUGCUUGCACCUUCUUGGACAGGGUAGUGAGGCAGACACUCUUGAAAGGCUUCGACAGGUUGAAUCCAGUAAAAAUUCAGGAUCUAGAAACUCACUCUUGGGAAAGGAAGGCAAAGAUGCUCCUGCCUCAGACUAUUCAUUAGAAAAAUGGCUGAAAGAUGCUGUGCUGUGCUUGUUUUCAGAUACUCGCGAUUGUUCCCCUUCAUUGGCUGGGUAUUUUGGUCAGGAGAAGAAAUCUUUUGGCAACAAGCAAAGUAGAGGUUUGUCACCUUCUAUGCCAAACGUAAACCACAGGACAAUAUCUCCUGCUGUUUUGUCUGAUCAAAUGGUGUCUGAUGAGCGUCUUGCUUCAUUGGUGUCCUCCCAACAUCUUGGGCCUGCUGUAAAGCAGUUGACUCCAACUAAUCUGCGAAGUCCAUUACAAGAAGCUAAACCUAGCACCCAGACCGGAACAGCCACUCCACCACCACAGUUAAAGCGAGAUCUUGGUAGCUACCAUCAUAAAGCUGCUACUAGCUGGAUGGCUCAAGGAAAAAUUUUCGGGCGUAUUACAUUUGUCGCAGUUCUAGGUUGUGUUGUCUUUGCCACUUCAAAGAUGUUGGGCAGGCAAAGUGGGCGUGUGUAUGGCUCCAGACUGGCCAAUAGAAAAACGUUGUGCUCAUCUCUUGGUGAUCACUCUGGACAUAAUGGCAUGCAUAGCAACUUUGCUGCAGCAAUGCAGCAGUUUUUAUCAACUUUGAAGCUGGGAGUUAGAAAUCAAUCCAACACAGGAAAAAGGCAAAAAUCGUCUGUCUUGGCUGGCUUAUCAUCUCCUGUGCCUGCUGCAUAUGACAGGGUAAUGACUCUUGAAGAAGCUGAAGCUCUUGUAAGACAAUGGCAAGUAAUCAAAGCUGAAGCCCUCGGUCCUGAUCAUCAAGUUCAUUUGCUCUUUGACAUUCUUGAUGAGUCUAUGCUGCUUGAGUGGCAAGCUUUGGCAGAUGCAGCCAAAGACAAAUCAUGUUUUUGGAGAUUUGUUUUGCUGCAAUUAUCAGUCCUUCGAGCUGAUACAUUCUCAGAUGCCACCGGCACUGAAACAGCAGAAAUUGAUGUUCUGCUGGAGGAAGCUGCAGAGCUUAUUGAAGAAAAUCAACAAAGGAAUCCAAAUUACUAUAGCACCUAUAAAAUUAGCUACCUUCUGCGACGGCAAGAUGAUGGUUCAUGGAAGUUCUGCAAAGCUGAUGUAGAUAACCCAUCCUGAUAUAUACCUCGAUCACUGUAUAUGGUAACUCAGUAGUUAGGAUCUUACUAAUUCUUUAGGUAAUAGAGUUCAUUUCUUCCACUGACCAGACUUGUAAAAAAAGUAGCUUAUAGUGAUGGCAGCAACACACUUUUCCUUGAAAUUUGUUUUUUCAAGAGCAAUUUCUUGCGAAAUGUCAGUGAAAUUGCUGCCUGUGAACAAUUUUUUUCACAAUGAAAGGAAAUGAGUUAUUCUUUGUAUUUAUCAGAAAGAUGCUGCAGCUAAGUAAUUGGUUUUUCUUGGAACUCAGCUGCAGUUCAGCGAGAUUUGAUUGUUGGAACAGGAUGGACAAACCUGUUGUUUCCCGCUGAUUUUUAGAUGUUAGUUUCCCUUUAUUUAUUAAUUAAUUGAUUAAUUUUUAUUAAA